AUGAAUGAAACUCAAAGAGUUGACCCUACGUUCGAAUUUGAUAAAGCGAUUCAAAUAGAAUAUAGAGGAAAUGUGAAUGGGAUUAAAUUAUACAGCGGUUAUUGUGAUCAAGAAUGGAGAAUUCGCCAAGUCAUGCACGGAGGAUAUUUGCUUUCCAUGAUUUUGAAUGCGUUCACGCAUCAUUUUAGAAACGUUCAUCCGCAUCCGAUUCAGAUUUCGGCACAAUUUUUGAAAAAAAGCAUGGUGGGAUCAUGUGAAAUUGAAAUACAUGAUAUCAAGGCAGGAAAAAAUCAAUCGGUUGCAUAUGCCAUAUUUAAACAGAAAAAUGGUAACGUGAUGGAGGAAAAGAUUCAUGCUACGGUCAUGUUUGGUGACUUGAAUAAAGAGGAAGGGAUAUCCCAACCUUACUUUGAUGUAAUGCCCUUGCCAAAUAUAUCGUAUUGCGAGUUGCUUAAACCUGAUCCUACAAUAGUGUGCAUGCAUGAUCGUAUUAAAGUGAUGGUAGAUACCCAAGACAUAAAUUCAAAGAGGGCUGAAAGGAAGCACUGGAUAAAAUUCACCGACGAAAGACAAUUGGACGUUAUAUCAAUGGGGGCCUUUUGUGAUUUUAUUUUCCCGCCAACUACGAAAUAUCUCGAAAACAGCUUAGGGGAAAUUUGUUGGUUUCCCACUUUAACAUUUGAAAUUCAAUUUAAAAAUAUGCCGAAGGGUCAAUGGGUUGCCGGAUCCUUUAGAUCAAGAUUCUUGAAAAAUGGUAGACAUGAAGUUGAUGGAGAACUAUGGGAUGAAGACGGCAACUUACUUUGUAUUACUAGACAUAUGUGCUUAAUCGUUCCAAUGAAAACAAAUAAAUUAUGA